AUGGCCUAUGCGUCGCACUCGCCGAGCAUUGGUGGCCUCCAGCUGCGCCCACGCCGCUCUCGCCUCCUCAGUCGCUCCGCUCAACUCCUGGCUCUCAGAUUCGGUUGGGUCGUCAUCGUGAUCUGGUACGAGGCCGGUGAGUUCUUCAGCUCUCUCUCGAGUUGCCGCUUCCCAGACUCCAAGCUGCGCAAGGCCUCUGGCACGGACCCAAUACAUGUUGUCCUGGUUGCAGAUCCGCACGUGCCCCACCCUGUGCUCUCGCAUUCAGAGGACGCACGGCCUUGGGUCAACGCCGUGCGACAGCACAUGGAGGAACUGUACAUGCGCAAGAGCUGGAAAGUUGUCCGGCGACUGGGACGCAUCGACGCAGUCAUCUUCGUCGGUGACAUGCUAGACUGCGGCCGAGGGAACCUCUCAGAUCAAGAAUACGAGGAAUAUAUGAAACUGUUCCACUCGAUCUUUACGUUGCCCAAGUCGGUUGCUACAUACUUCGUUCCCGGAAACAACGACAUUCCUUUAGGGCGCCUAAGCCCAAACUUCUCGCCACUCGCGAGGAAGCGUUACCUCGAGCACUUUGGUGCCGUGAAUCAGGUCGUCAACCUUUCCAAUCACUCGCUCAUAUUGCUUGACGCCGUCGGCCUCGUCGAGGAGGACUAUCGCCGCUAUGCGUCCGAGGUGCAGUUUGGCGAGUGGGACGGUGUGAGCGGCGGCGUCAUCGAGUUUGUCAAGGGCCUCGGCAUUGCGCGCCCGCCAUCCCCGAUCCUCAUCUCACAUAUCCCGCUCGCGCGACCCGAGUCCGCAACGUGCGGCCCACUAAGCGAGCACGGGCGCAUUCUCAAGGGCGUCGGGUUAGGCUAUCAGAGCCUCUUGGGAUCGGAGACGAGCAGAUUCCUGCUGAGAGAGAUCAAGCCAGACAUUGUCUUCAGUGGUGACGAUCACGACUACUGCGAAAUCACGCAUCCAGGAGCCGUCAAGGAAGUGACAGUCAAGUCGUUCAGCUCAAACGCUGGUGUGCGCCGUCCUGGCUUUCAACUGCUGUCGCUGGUUCCACCGGAACCUGGCCUGGCGGGCCUUGCGGACGUCCCCUGCAUUCUCCCAGACCAGUUGGGAGUCUACCAGCGUGUGUACGUCCCGCUCACCAUCCUUACAUUCGUCUAUCUCUUCUACGUGAACGUUCGCAGGACGUGGUCGCGGUCUCACCGUUUGUCCGAAAAGUCGCGGCUCCACAUCAUCGAGGAGAAGCUCCACCGCCCGGUGCCCCUGACGCUUCCGUCGCGGCGAUCAGCGCAGCACCUCCAGACUCACAUCAUGUCCCGGCAUUCUCUCUCACCAGCGCCUUCCGCACCGGGGAGCCCGGCUGUGAGCCCAAGAUUAGUCUUCGGGCAUGACGACGAGGCACCAUCGCCAUCCUUGUCGCGGCGAUCGAGCUACGGCAACGACCUGAACAACACCGAGUACGCACCAAGGCGGACAGCGAGCGGCGGCCUCCUCCCCCUCCCGAACAGCACUCCGCGCCGAGUCCAGAUCCCACGCAUAAUGUCCGCGAGCGAGUGGGUCUCCGCUGCGAAAGCCAAGGACAUGUCGGUGCUGAGUCUCGUCGCCGACCAGAGCCGGGGCCCACUGCAACGCGCCAAGGGAUACGCGCGCUGGUUGUGGCGGACGCGGCACGGCGUGCUCGUGCGCAGCACGUUUGAUAUGCUCGGCGUCACGCUGCCUGCGAUUCUCGUUUGGUGUCUGGUGAACGCCAUGUUUGCGGAUUGGCUCUUCUAG